AUGUCUUUUGAUAAAUUGAUAGGACUCUCCAUGUUAGCUGUAGCUACCGCCGUAUUCACAUACUACACCACUUGGGUAUUCGUGUUACCCUUUGUUGAUGAAUCUAACAUAUUGCAAAGCUUUUUCUUGAGCCGUGACUAUGCGAUUAAAUUGCCUUUCCUCUUAUUGUUGAUCGCUGCUUUGGGUAUUGGAUCUUUCGUUGGGAACGUGCUCAUCAAGAAUGCAGAAAAGGAAAAGCUUAAGAAAAGUAAGAAAACUCAGUAA